AUGGCUCUCUCCUCCUCCUCAUUUGACGCGUUCUAUGGCAAAAUACAGACAUCUGCCCUUGAUUCUGUUAGAAAAUCAGUCGGCAUACCUACUGAUGUGUCCUUCCACCGAUCUGUCGACUCCGUACUUGCGACCCAGCUAGAUACACUUUCUACAAGGGUCCUAUCUCUGACAAACCGCGUUUUGGGCCUGUCCCAGCUGUCUGCUGGAUCCACGUCAAAUUCUUCGGGGCGCAAAGGCAAGGACAAGGAAACGCAACCGCUACAUGGCCAAGAUGAUGUGGUAGACAGCUUUCAGUCGCUGGUGGAUGUAGUGGAUGGAUUAUUUGAACGCACGGAUACAUGCCUUGAUACCUACCUUGGGCGUAACGUUGCUCCGGCGAUCGCCAUAAACCCGCCUUUGCAAACCUCACGGAAGUCCGCGCGUCAACAGGGACCUGUCGUACAGCACGCUGCACAUCUCGCGAAACCACAACGAGCUUUCAAAUCACCGACGGACAACUUAACCGAUGCGCCGUGGUAUCCCAAUCUUCCGCAUAAAUACAACGCUCAAGUGCCUUUCGGCUUCGUUUCUGAGGAUGAGCCCGAGGAGCCCUGGAAACGCCAUCCAUAUCAAUAUGAAAUCUCUCACCUUAACUACCCCCCGUCGAUGUUUCAUUCAACGCCGGCCAUUCCCCCAUCUUCCCUCUCUGCCGACUCUCCUCACACAUUUGUGACUACGACGACCGAGCUUCAUCAUAUGCUAGACGAUUUACGCCGCGCCGACGCCAUUGCCAUUGACCUCGAACACCAUAGUCACCGGUCGUAUAGAGGGUUUGUUUGUCUGAUGCAAAUUAGCACAAGAGACAAGGACUGGGUGAUAGAUACGUUGGUGCCGGAAGUGCGGGAGGAGUUGGGCAUAUUGAACGAAGUCUUCACGGACCCGAAGGUGGUGAAGGUCUUGCAUGGGUCUGAGUCAGAUAUAAUAUGGCUCCAGCGUGAUUUUUCCCUAUACAUUGUAAACCUUUUCGACACUUUCCACGCCUCAAAAGUUCUAGACUUCCCUCGACAUGGUCUUGCCAACCUUCUCGAGAUGUACUGCGACUUCUCGGCCGAUAAACAAUACCAGUUAGCUGACUGGCGCAUUCGCCCUCUUCCCGAUGCCAUGAUUAACUACGCACGAUCGGACACCCAUUUCCUCCUCUUUAUCUACGACAACCUACGAAAUGCUCUUCUUGACCGGGGUCUGUCUCGCUCGCGUUCUCAAUCUCAAGCACGGUCUCGUUCGUCCUCCCCUCCGAGCAAAAAGAAGUCGAAAUCGCCUUCGCCUCCGGUUAAAAUGGGCGAAGGAGAUUCUCCGCCGCAUGCUCUUCUUCACGAGGUCCUAGCGCGAUCAUCCAUGACGGCAUUGAAGGUAUACGAGAGGGAGACGUAUGACGUGGAGAGUGGCUUAGGCCCUGGUGGAUGGGAAGGCCUAGCCAGGAAAUGGAAUAAGGCGACGCUGUUGUCAGGAGACAACGAACAGGGGAGGGUCUAUCGCGCAGUACAUGCAUGGAGAGAUAAAGUUGCUCGAGAGGAGGAUGAGAGCACGAGAUAUACUCUCCCUAACCACCAUAUAUUCCAAUUUGCAGAACGGCCGCCUAUAGAUAUGGCGGGCUUACUUGCGAUGUUUCCUACGUCGCGGGUACCGCCCGUCGUGCGAACUAGGGCACGGGAGCUGCUCGAUACCAUCCUGAAGGCCGUGCGUGGUGCGCCAUCGACAUCCGUCAAUGCCGACUCCAUGGUUGUAGUUAGAGAAGUGGCAGAAUCUGUAGCACAAACUGAAGCGCAUACUGAAGACGAGCCGAGCCCUCCGACCGACUCUGAGCUGCCUUCCUUGAAUUCGGACUCAUCGAUGCGGAUAUGGGGCACACAAAAAUCCACCGCGUCGAGAACGACGGUAUCCACCCUUCUUGGCACCUCGAAAAAGUCAAUAGAUGACCUCAAGCCACCCGUCUCUGCGUAUGUGUCGAUGCAUAGCUCAUUUCUCAACAUUGAUCGUGCAUCUGGGAGCAAGAAGAUACCCGCAAACAAUUCGUACGCCGAGGAACGCGCAGCAAAUUUUACGGAAGUGCUGCAGAGGAUCCAUGCAUCUCUAACCAUUAUGCCGAAGGCUCCUCAGGCACCUCCCGCGACAAAUAUUGAGGCCAACACGGACGUGGCAGGCGAAGUGUCGACUAUGGACGUCGACGCUUCUACAACCCUCCAGCUGGGUGCAGAGAUUGCCUUCGUACCCCGAUCGGAGCGCAAGACGCUCGCCACUACGGAAGUGGAAGACACUAUCAUCCUUGUCGGACAGAGGGCAAAGAAGCGCAAGAGAAAGGAAACCAAAUCUACCAUUAGUGACCUUAACGGUGCCGGUGAUCCCCCAUCCUCAGCUUCUAGUUCGGCGAAGAAGAUUAAAAAGACACGAUCUAUCGAAGCUGUAGACGAAGGCGAUGGCGGUGACGAUUCGGAGAAGCCAUUCGAUUUCUCUUCUGUUCCGAACAUAUUAGAUGACGAGCCGAUAAAAGAGGACGCGAGACCAAAGAGACAAAGAAAACAGGGUGGAAAAGGUGAAGUAUUUGGCUAUGGGAAUUUCCCUCGACCUCCGAAGGCUCAUAGUGAGCUCAGAAGUGGGAACCAGUCGCAUACAUUCAAGAAGUGA